AUGCGUCAGUCCCUUCCGACGCUGGCCCUCGCCCUCGCCAGCACCGCAUUCGCGGUCCCGGAGAAGGAGGAUGGCGAUCACCUGUACUCGUCGCGCUUCACCAAGCGCGGCAUCGACGCCGACGGAAACUUCAACGUCUCCUUCUUUCACGUCAACGACGUGCACGCCCACCUCGACGAGUUCUCCUCCUCGGGCACCGACUGCACGCGCCCGGAGCGCGGCUGCUACGGCGGCUAUGCUCGUAUCAAGCACACCGUGGACGAGCUGCGCCCGCAGUACAACGACUCGCUGUGGCUCAACGUUGGUGACGAGUUCCAGGGCACCCUAUUUUACUCUUUCUACAAGGGAGAGAAGAUUGCCGAAACCAUCAACCAGCUCGGCUUUGAUGCCAUGACGCUCGGCAACCACGAAUUUGACGGCGGCGACGACCAGCUCGGCGACUUUUUGCUGAACCUCACCUUCCCCGUCAUUUCGGCCAACAUCGUCUCGGACAACGAGAAACUCAACCAGACCAUCAAGCCUUACCACAUCUUUAACGACCAGCAGCUCGCCGUUAUUGGUGUCACAACCACGACCACCCCAGGCAUCUCGUCUCCCGGCGAGGGCACGAAGUUCCUCGACGUCGUGAGCACUGUGCAAUCUACGAUUGACCACAUCAAGUCCACCACCAACAUUACCCGCAUCGCCGCCAUCACCCACAUCGGCUACGAGGAGGACCAGAAGCUCGCCGAGCAGACCUCCGGCCUCUACCUCAUUAUGGGUGGCCAUUCCCACACUCUCCUCGGCGAUAUGGAGGACGCCGAGGGUCCCUACCCGACCAUCAAACAGAACAAGGACGGCGAUGACGUCUUCAUCGUGACUGCCUACCGAUGGGGUGAGUACGUCGGCUACAUCGACGUCACCUACGACGCUGAGGGCAAGAUUCUUGCCUACCACGGCGGACCCAUCCACCUCACCAACACCACCGAGCAGGACCCAGAACUGCAGGCGCAGAUUGAGUCGUGGCGCGGACCCUUCGAGGCCUUCGCUGCUGAGGUCGUUGGCGUCACCAACAUCGAGCUCGACCAGACUCUCUGCCAGCGCCAGGAGUGCAUUCUGGGCAACGUCAUGACCGAUGCCAUGUACGAGUACCGCCUCAACAACUCGGAGUCUACGGCGCCGGACUUCGCACUGAUCAACGCCGGCGGCAUCCGCGCCACCAUUGACGAAGGCAACAUCACCCGCGGCGAAGUCCUCACUUCGUUCCCGUUCGGCAACUCUAUCGUCGAGAUCACCUACAAGGGCUCUGACCUGCGCAAGGUCCUCGAAGGCGCCGUCAGCAAGGUCAACCAGUUCAACAACCUGCCCCUUACCUCAUUCUUCCAGGUGUCCAAGAACAUCGUUAUCGAGUACAACCCGGCCGGCAACAAUGGCUCCAAGUUGGUGUCUGUCGAGGUCGCUGGUGAAGCCCUGAAUGACGAGAAAGACUACCGCGUCGUCACCCUCGACUUCCUGGCUGGCGGCGGUGACAACAUCUUCGUAGCGACCUCCGACUUUGUCUCCCUCGACACCCAGGACGAGGUCCUUGUUCAGUAUGUCCAGGCCAAGAGCCCCAUUGACGCCAAGAUUGAGGGCCGUAUUGUCCAGAGCAACGGCACAGCUAGCACGCCCUCUGGCACUGCUACCGGCACCGGCGCCGCCCCGACCUCCACCUCAGGAGAGAGCGGUGCCAGCAUGGUUUCCAUGAGCAUGGGUGGCAUUGCUCUGAGCCUGUUCGCAAUCUGGGCGAUGUAG